AAUAACGAAAAAGAAGGAGACCCAACCCAGUGACAGUGAAGGUCGGGGACAGCGGAGAGCAUGGAGUGGUGUGUGUCGAUGCCAAAGAUUGAACUCCACGCCCAUCUCAAUGGCUCCAUAAGAGACUCCACUCUACUGGAACUUGCUAGAGAUUUGGGUGAGAAGGGCGCUAUAGUUUUCUCUGACGUGGAGCAUGUUAUACUGAAAAAUGAUCGUUCGCUCAGCGAGGUGUUCAAGUUAUUUGACUUAAUUCAUAUUCUUACUACCGACCACAAAACUGUUACUAGGAUCACAAAAGAGGUUAUUGAAGAUUUUGCUGCAGAUAAUGUUGUUUACUUGGAAUUAAGAACGACUCCGAAGAGGAAUGAUUCUAAAGGGAUGAGCAAGCGCUCAUAUGUUGAAGCGGUUCUAGAUGGCAUACGAUCUGUCAAUGUAGUUGAGGUUGAUCUUUCACAUAAACUAAAUAUGGAUACUUCUGCCUAUUCUCAUGCUAUGAAUGAUGUGUGUGAUGGAACUGGGAGCAAGAAAAUAUAUGUGAGGCUACUUCUUAGUAUUGACCGUCGUGAGACUGCUGAAGCUGCAAUGGAAACUGUGAAGCUUGCUCUAGAAAUGAGAGAUUUCGGAGUAGUGGGUAUAGAUCUUUCUGGCAACCCUUCCGUUGGUGAAUGGCUUUCAUUUUUUCCUGCUUUAGAGUUUGCUAGAAAGCAAGGACUUCCAAUUACUCUACACUGCGGCGAGGUGCCCAAUCCAGAUGAAAUCCGUGCAAUGCUAGAUUUUCUUCCCAGGAGAAUUGGACAUGCUUGUUGCUUUGGAGAUGAUGAGUGGAAACUUUUAAAAGAGCUCAAGAUUCCGGUGGAGAUUUGUUUGACAUCAAACAUUAGAACUGAAACGAUUGCUUCGGUGGAUGUUCAUCAUUUUGCUGAUUUAUAUGAAUCAAACCAUCCAUUGAUCUUGUGCACGGAUGAUGCUGGGGUUUUCUCGACCAGUCUGUCUGCCGAGUACAUGCUUGCCUCAUCUACUUUUGGUCUCGGAAAGAGGGAUAUGUUUCAACUUGCUGAGAAGGCCAUCGAAUUCAUUUUUGCCUGUGAUAAAGUGAAAAGAGAUCUGAAGAUGAUAUAUACUACGGCUCUCACAGAACUCAACUUAUGACCAUAAAUUUCAUCCGAGGUUUUAAACCACUAUGAUUGCAUGUGAGAACAUUAUGACUCCUUAACCCUUUAGGCCAUGUUUACCAUACUUGAUUGGGCUGGAUAUCCUUAUUAAUCCAGUCCAAUGGAACAUUAUGAAUCCUUAGCCCUUUAUAGUGGAUCCUAAUUCCAUGUUUGUCCCUUUUAGUUCGGUACAAGAAUUUGUUCAGCAA